CAUUGGGUACAAGUGCUACAGGUCAGGAAGAUCAAGGUGGGCAAGAGUGCCCAGGAUGGAAGCAUAAAGAGGCAGGACUUGCUUUGAACUUCAAAGGACAGGUACAAGCUAUGAAGAAGGAGAGACAAGGAAAGGUAGUCCACAUUAAGUAUCUCUCUUGAUCUUUUUAAUGAUUUGGUAUUAUUCAAUAUAUGUGUCUAUAUAUAGUUAUAUAUAUAUAAAAUUUAUAUAGAUACAUAUACUUUCUCAUUGUGUCAACUUCAGUCAUGGCACAGCCACAUGUGUCAGUUAGAACUGUGUUCCAUUGGGUUUUCAGUGGCUGAUUUUUUUGAAGUAAUCACCAGGUAUCUCUGGGUAGACUUGAACUGCCAACCUUUCAAUUGAUAGGAAGAGCUCAACCAUCAUUUCCUGGUUAUGUGGGACAAGAGAACGUUGAACUCUUUUCUCCUACUACUCUACAAGAACUUCAUGGUGGAGUAGAAAUUCCAAGAACUAUGGGUCUAACAGAAUGUUCCCAACUUUCUCCCUGUCAGUUGUUUUCUCCAGUGAUGAUGACGACAAGAUAGUUGGGGGCUACACCUGUCAGAAGAAUUCUAUCCCUUACCAGGUGUCAUUGAACUCGGGCUAUCACUUCUGUGGUGGUGCCCUCAUCAGUGACCAGUGGGUGUUGUCUGCGGCUCACUGCUACAAGUCGGGCCAAAUUCAGGUGCGUCUGGGAGAACACAACAUUGAGGUCCUUGAGGGUAAUGAGCAGUUCAUUAAAGCGGCCAAGAUCAUCCGCCACCCCAAUUACAAUUCAGGCACCUAUGAUAAUGACAUCUUGCUGAUUAAACUGAGCUCUGCAGCUAGCAUCAACUCUCGUGUGGCCACAGUCUCUCUGCCAAGGUCUGUGGCUGCCGUCGGCACCCAAUGCCUCAUCUCCGGCUGGGGCAACACCCUAAGCAGUGGCACAAACUACCCAGACCUCUUGCAGUGUCUGAACGCCCCCAUCCUCUCUGACAGUGUCUGCCGCAGUGCCUACCCAGGCAAGAUCACCAGCAACAUGAUUUGUCUGGGCUUCCUGGAGGGUGGCAAGGACUCUUGCCAGGGUGACUCUGGCGGUCCCGUAGUCUGCAAUGGAGCACUUCAGGGCAUCGUCUCCUGGGGCUACGGCUGUGCUCUGGAAGGCAAACCCGGCGUCUACACCAAGGUCUACAACUACCUGAGCUGGAUUCAGCAGACCAUCGCUGCCAACUAGACACCUCCCUGGACCCACCGGUACCUCUCCAUGACCCAUUCCCCUCUAGUCAACCUCACCUUCCUGUCAUGCCUGAAAACAGUAUCUAAAUAAAGCAUUCCAUCAUGAACCACACUUCUGUCCAAGAGUGGUGCUUGCUUGAUAUUAUGAAUGUUCUCCUGAGAUGGCUGGGAAGUAAGAAGGUGCACAUGUAAUUAAAAAAUUAUAUUAAGAGAGAUUUGAAGAUUAUUUUGUCAGUCAUUCAGUCAAAUCAAUAAAAGUUUACUAAUCACCUAAUCUCUCAGCUAUGUAGUGCUGCUAUAACAGAAAUACCAUAAGUGGGUGCCUUUAACAAACAAAAUUUGUGAGAGGUGGGGCCAAGAUGGCAGAAUAGACAGACAUUUCCAGAGAGCCCUCUUACAACAAAGACCUGAAAAAAAACUAGUGAAACGAGUAUAUUUAUAACAAGCUGGGAGCCCUGAACAUCAAAGGCAGAGUUUGAAAAAGAAUUGAGUGGCGGGGGAGGAAGAGACAGUUCAGAAAUGGACAAGAGUUACUGGACCUGAAUCACCAGAUCUCUCAGGCAGCAUACCCGGAAGUGGCUGCAGCAGGCUGGUACUAGCAUUCAGGCGCAGUUUCCUCAGGAGAAGCAGCCAGCCAUGCAACCUACUCACACCUCCGGAACCAUAGAAGAACGGUACUCUCGGCAAAACUUAAAUACUUGCUUAUAUAUUACCUUGCCCCGCACUCCCAAGUCGGCUUCAGACGCUGUUGAUUUUCCUGGGCCUGAGAAAGGCCCUGUUGAGUGCCUAGCACCAUCUUCCCAGCCUUGGAGAAAGAAUAAACUUGCAAUUGGGGAAAAGAUAAUUUGUCAGCUCCACUAACCUGGGGAGCUCAGGACAGAAGCAGCUCCAGUCUAGGCAUAAAUGGCCCAUGGACUUUGAGUACUUUUCUCCCCUGCAUGGACAUGUGUGGACCUAUUUUAGGAGAAUAGGCCCCUGUUGUCAGACUACGACUGUUUCAGCUGUGUGGUGGAGA